CUGGGCAUCGUCAGCCUGUACCUCGUAAGUUUCGUGCGCGAUACCUAUGUCGCCAACCUGCAAGCCAGCCUGGACAAACAGGCUCGCUUCGUGAGCGACAGUGUGAGCGAGAAAGGGGCCAUUAUUCCAAUUGCUUUCACCGAGCAAGCGGAAGUCGAAUUCCAAGCCUUCAUAUCGAGUAUCGGGCAGAUUACGAGCGCGAGAGUUACCGUCAUAGGGGCCGAUGGCAGAGUAAUCGCGGACAGCCUGCAAUCGCCUUCACAACUUCCAUCACAGCUUGGACGCAGCGAGGUGCGUGCCGUACUCUCACAGGACAGCGCCAGCAGUGUUGGCAUCGGCUCGCCCCUUGACGGUAGCUUCGCCGAAGAAAUGUUGUAUGCCGUAGUGCCGAUUACAUCCUCAGUAGGCACAGGCGGCGUUGUCGGCGCGGCGCGGGUUGCAGUUCCGUCGUCGCAAGUGCAGCCUGACGUCAACCGCAUCAUCGUCAGCAUAGCCGUUGCCGCAGUGCUAGUAGGCCUGCUGUCCGUCGGCGCCGGAUACUUUCUGUUUCGCCACACAUCACGCUCCGUGCGCGCGGUCGCCGAAGGGGCGAAUCGGUUCGCGCAGGGAGACCUGGGACAUCGUGUAGCUGCUGCGUCCUCCGAUGAGACGCAGGAACUCGCGGUGGCGUUCAACAGCAUGGCAGACACCAUUCGGAGUAUGCUGAGCGACAUGUCGGCGGAAAGCAGCAAGCUGACGGCGAUGCUGGAUACAAUGGAAGACGGUGUGAUGGUGAUAGAGGCGGACGGCAGGAUUACACUGAUGAAUAGCGCCGCAGAGUGGAUGCUGGGAGUGGGCGCCGGAGACGCAGUAGGCGCGCGUCUCGUCGAGGCGCUGCGCGACCACGAGAUUCAGCAAGUGGCUGCCUUGUCGCUUAGCUCCGGGCGAUUGCAACAGGCUGAGGUCGAACUGCUGACGCAGCGACGCUUCCUGAAUGCCAUAGCGACCCCACUCGGUGGUGGGGGUACCAGCGGUAUCCUGCUUACAUUGCACGAUCUGACGGCCGACCGACAAGUGGAAAACACCUUGCGCGAAUUUGUCACCAAUGUGUCCCAUGAGCUUCGCAGCCCUCUGGCGUCAGUGAAGGCUAUGGUGGAGACGCUGGAUGACGGCGCGCUGGAAGACGGACGUGCGGCGCGCGACUUCCUGAGCCGCAUCAACCGCGAAGUUGACCGAAUGAACGCUAUGGUCGAGGACCUUCUGGAACUCUCGCGCCUUGAGAGCGGACAGCAACUGCCCAGCCUGACGCCGCUUAACCUGUCUGAGCUGGUGUCAGAGGUCGUAUCCGAGUAUCGAGACAGGGAGAACGGCGUGGAUUUCCGCGCCUUCCUGCCACAGUCGCCGGCAAUCGCGCUGGGGGAUUACGGCAAGCUGCGGCAGGUGCUGGUGAAUCUGCUGGACAACGCGCUGAAAAACACGGAAGCGGGCAGCGUCGAGGUGUCCAUCGAAGCAGGAGAGGGCAUGCACUUUGUGCGUGUGAGGGACACCGGCGCGGGCAUAGCGCACGAGCACCUGCCGCAUGUGUUCGAGCGUUUCUACAAGGUUGACCGCGCUCGCCGCGACGGGGGCAGCGGAUUGGGGCUUGCGAUAGUGCGGCAGAUUGUGCAGGCGCAUGGGGGCGAGGUACGUGUGGAGACCGAGGAAGGCAGGGGCAGCACUUUCAGCUUCAGCGUGCUGCGGCAUUGA